AUGACCCCAUUCUCCAGGGAAAUUGAGCUGGAGCCCCUUCCCCGCAGAUUAAAGGUCCCCAGCAUCUCCCAGUAUAAUGGAGACAACGACCCUUAUGACCACCUGGACGCUUUCAAUGUCCAGAUGGACCUGCAAACUUCCAGCUCGUUCAGACUCGAAGUGAAUAAUGUCAAGAGCCCUUCUGACGAAAGUAUCCUGACCGCGAUCUCCGCCGGGCUUUGGAAGGAUGGGAAACUCUACGAAAGCAUUUACAAAUCCCCAGUAAGAGACUUAGGCGAAUUUUAUGAGCGAGCAGCGAAGGAGGUUCGGUGGGAGAAAGCAUUCGGCUUGAAAAAAUCGAGCAAUCAGAAAAAGGGGACGGAACACACCAGCCAAGGCAAGAAGAGAAGUGAUGAAGACUCUCUCAAGGAAGGUCGAGGACGAAGCCCCAAUGAUCAGACGGCCAAAAAGGCGAGGUUCGGGCAGGGAGGUGAACGACCAGCACACCAAGGUCGGUAUGAAAGUUACAACAUCUUAUCUAACUCCCAGGACAUGAUCUUCGCCACAGAACGCAACAAGAAGGAUUUCGGAAGGCCUAACUCCCUAAAGACUCCCAACAAAUACAGAACCAAAAGCAAAUUCUGUGCCUAUCAUAAUGAGGUGGGGCACACCACCUCUGAGUGUUGGGCACUGAAAGAUGCGAUUGAAGAACUGAUCAGGAGGGGUCGGCUACGUGACUAUGUGGUGCGUCCUAAGGAUCAACAGCCAAAACAAUUGGCUCAACAAAGUCCUCAUCGAGCUCUAGAGCCGGACCAAACACCUACGGUGAGAACUAUCUUUACUAUUCAUGGAGGGCCCCAUAUCGCAGGGACUUCUAACAGGUCACACGAGCGAUAUAUUCGGGAAGCCGGCCACCUCCUGCUCGUCGGGGAUGGCAGCCAAGAAGCACCGUCCAAGAAAGCCAAGGUAGAUUCGAAGGACGUCUCUUUCACCAAAGAUGAUACUAAAGGCGUGCACUGGCCGCACAAUGACACCCUUAUGAUCCGAGCUCGGAUUGGCAAUAUGGAAGUACAGAGAAUCAUGGUGGACACAGGUAGCUCGGUGAACGUCAUGUACAAGGGAUGUUUCGACUAG